UAGAGAGAAAAAUGGCUUCCAGCUGCACUGAGAUUGAUGUGCUGGAAAACGUGAACUCAAAACUUCUUAAUUUCGCAUUUUUAAGACUCGGAAAAAAGUGCAAUGCUAGUGAAAGUCUUUCGUUCGCCAGAGCAGUGUGCAAUAUUUCUUCCAUAAAGGAAAACGAGGUGUUGACAGUGAUGAAUUUUGACACAUUAUUCAAUCGUGGUGUAAAUGUUCUGAAAGACAUGAAAAGGGGGAUUACUGUGAAUAUGCAGCAACAUGACAAGACUGCAGUUGCUAUCCUUACUAAAUUUUUAAAAGAAAUCGAAUUUCAUGAAAGAAGUUUGAUGAAGGUGUUAGGUAGAGAACAGAUUGAGAAGGAGAGCAAAUCAAACUCCAGGAGAGAAAAUGAAAUAACGGUCACUUUAGCGGAGCAUCUGCUCGGAAGGCUUUCACCAGGACAGUCAUAUGUUAUCAAUUCCAGGGCGAAAAGUAGAGAAACAUGUAGCUGUGGUGAAGAUCAUGAAAAUAAUCCCACAUAUAGAAAUACUGGCAUAGGUCACGAGGAUGUAUGGCAUGGUUUUGUUGAUGUCGUGUUAGAGAAUGCAAUAGCUUCAGCAGAGAAACCCAGAGUUAUUGAUGAAGACAACAAAGAAGGAAUGGAUGAGUUUGAUGGAAGAACACAGACAGGAGACCAGUCUAUAGCAGAAACAAUUUCAUUUUCGUUCAUUCAAAAAGCUUGCCAUCCAAGCUUUGAAAAUCAUCUUGUACCAAAUAUUAUGAUAGACUCAGAAAGGUUUAGAAUUCUUAUGUAUGAUGCAGAUAAGGACAUUCUUCUCUGUGGCAUGGAUUUUCCUAUUUUUUAUGAAAAUCAUCUAAAUAUUACUUCUGUUGUUAUCCUGUGGCUGGUUCUGCAUUAUAGGAUAUUUUGUUCAGGAAUAAAUGAUACACCAGAAGAGCUGGAGAAAGUGAAAUGCAAUUUUACAGAAGUAGCAGGAGAGAAAUUGGAAAUUUACAGAAAAUCUUUAAAAGCAGGUGUUGCAAACUUUCCAACUGUUAAAAAAGAGACUAGUGUUUUUCCUUCAUAUGAAAGUAUAUUGUUUGGGAAGCGCAAAUGGUAAUUGGACAGCGUAGUGUUUGGGAAGUGUAAAUGGUGAAGAGAGAACAUAGUGUUUGGGGAGUGUAAAUGGUGAACAGAGAGCAUAGUGUUUGGGGAGUGUAAAUGGUGGAACAGGUAGCAUAGCAUUUGGGAAGUGUAAAUGGUAAUCAGGCAGUGUAGUGUUUGGGAAGUGUAAAUGGUAAUCAGGCAGCAUAGUGUUUGGGGAGACCUGAGUGUAAAUGGUGAACAGACAGCAUAGCGUUCGGGAAGUGUAAAUGGGAAACGGACAGCAUAGUGUUUGGGGAGUGUAAAUGAUAAACAGGCAGCAUAGCAUUUGGGGAGUGUAAAUGGUAAACAGGCAGCAUAGUGUUUGGGGAGUGUAAAUGGUAAACAGGCAGCAUAGUGUUUGGGGAGUGUAAAUGGUAAACUGGCAGCAUAGUGUUUGGGAAGUGUAAAUGGUAAUCAACAUUAUGUUUGUGAAGUGUAAAUGGUAGUUGGGCAGUGUAGUGUUUGGGGAGUGUAAAUGGGAAUCAGCAUAAUGUUUGGGGAGUGUAAAUGGUUAACAGGCAGCAUACUACAUUUAAGGAGUGUAAAUGGUAGUCGAGCAACAUUCUGUGUAAAUGUUGGAUUGAGAAUAAUAAAUAUUGCAAUUUUUAUUGUAACUUAUGCAUUGAAUUUUCCCAUAUAUAUCUAUGAUAUCCAAAUUCUCAAUAAAGAGCAAAUAUGAUUGCCAAAGUAUUAUUU